ACAACUCUUCAUUUUCAUUCAUCCAAAAAUAAAAAAUGAUUUUAAUUAUUUUCCUCCUAACUCUUCUCACACAUUCCACAUCAAAUGCAUCAGUAGUAGAUUUCUGUGUAGCAGAUUUAACUUCUCCACAAACACCUUCAGGCUACCCAUGCAAAUCAUCAGUAACAAUUGAUGACUUUGUUUUCACAAAUUUCAAACCAGGAAACACAUCAAAUCCUUUUAAAUCAUCACUAACCCCUGCAUUUGUUCAUCAAUUUCCAGCUAUUAAUGGACUUGGAUUAUCAGCAGCAAGGUUAGACUUAGGCGUCGGAGGCGUAGUUCCGAUGCAUUCGCAUCGCGGCGCGUCGGAACUAAUGAUAAUGGUUCAAGGUUUUAUAACUGCUGGUUUUAUUUCCUCUGAUAACUCUGUUUUUGUUAAGACACUAACAAAGGGGGAUAUAUUGGUAAUUCCACAAGGUUUGUUGCAUUUUCAAUUUAAUGCUGGAAAAAAUAAAGCUACUGCUUUUCUUACACUUAGUAGUUCAAACCCUGGUGCACAACUUGUUGAUUUUGCUUUGUUUGGAAAUAGUUUGAAUUCUGCUUUUGUGGAAAAAACUACUUUUCUUGAUCACGCUCAAGUUAAAAAACUUAAGGCUGUUUUUGGAGGGAGUGGCUAGGUUUAAUUGUUUUGAGUUAUGUUGUUUUAUGUCCAAACUCCAAACCAAUACUUUGUGGUUCUAAGGUUUGGAAAUUGUUUAGUCAUUGAAUUCCACCAAUAAAAUUUGUGUUUCUUUUUUUCAUUUCUAUGUUCUAAUAAAAAAAUGGCUAUGAUUUGUCAUA